AUGGCGCCCUACGUUCCGAAAGAAUAUCCUCAAGAGCGUGGCUGGAAACAAGGUGAUGAUGCAUUGGAUGCACACGAGACAGAGCUCUGCAAGAACGGUCCUGCACCUCCCAAUCAUCUCGUUGAAUGCCGAAGGACAGUUGACGGCAAAUACACAAUCGGUUACACGGAACUGUCCACAUCGUCACAGACUUCGGAGCGCGCUCCCCACUCCUUCUCCGCCGAAGGUCUGCAGAAAACUCGGACCCCAAAGAUCGCUAGGGAGUUCGAUCUCAGUCGACUGGAUUAUCAUGGCGUCUUCCACAUCCCUAUCACAUACAAAGCUGGCCCUAAAAUCAAGUGGCAGUUUUCCGGGUCUUCCGCAAGGGCGCUUGCGUCGGCACUUGCUGGUCGUGGCGUGAAGUGUAAAUACGGUGACCUCACAAAGGUGUUUACAGAGGCGGACAUCAAAGCGACAUUUGCAUCAAUCUCCGCGAAAGAGACGCAAGUAUCCGACAACUAUAAACUGUACCAUCCUGCGGACCGCAACAGCCUUGUCUUCCCAGAUGAGGCCAACAUUGCGAUAGUCGCGCGAGCGUACAAGCACAGCUUGAUUCCCUUCUGUCCUUUCAUGAACGCUGAUCGCACUGGCUACAACCAUUUCUACAACACUCAGAAUCGGCCACCCAUUUAUGCUCGAUGGUCAACAGGGCGGUAA